AGCCCACGGCCUCGAGCUGCCCCCCGCGGGGCCACGGCCUCCGGCCAUCGGGCGCGGGCCCAUGGACCUCUUCCACUGCGGCCUGCUCAUGAAUUUACUACGUCGGAGUGUCGUCAUCAUCUAUUCUGGUGGUCAAAUUCACAGAGGCUCCUGGAGGCGGGGUCGAGUAUAACGUCACCACUACAGUGGUGGCCGCAGAGGUGUUGAAGUUGCUGGUGGCAUGUCUGCUCGAUCGCGUCUGGUAUAGCAAGGCGGCCGAUAGAGCAAUGCAGCCGCGCUCUUCGUGGUCAGAUUACUUCCGCUACGCGGUACCAUCUCUCAUCUACGCCGUUCAAAACAAUCUGCUGACCUACGGUAUCAGCUUGCUCGGCCCAAGCUUGUUUUCCUUGUUGGGAAAUUUGAAGAUCGUGGCGACGACAUUGCUCACCAGCGUUGUCCUAUCCAAGAACUUCACGAAGAUCCAGUGGAUAUCUGUACUUCUGCUGGUGUUGAGCUUCUUUGUGGCCAAGGUGCAGCUGCUGAUUGGGCCACCAGCAUCGCUGGGGAACACAGCACCUGUGGACCCCACUGCCAUAAGUGCAGAUGCAGGCACCAUCGCUGAGAUGGGUAGGUUUACGAAAGGUUUGAUCGUAGUCAUCGUGUUGUCGUUGCUGUCUGGAAGCGCAGCGAUCAGUAAUGAAUACCUCCUUAAGAACGUCGAUCCCCACGUCUCCUUCAUGAGGAAAAACGUAUGGACUUACCAGUGGGGCGUCGUAUUGAAUCUAUUUUACCUGGUGCUCAAGAUGCAGCGAGCAGAGUCAACGUCCAUGUUCCACGGAUAUUCUGUGAGCGUUGGCCUUCUCAUCGUCAUCAAUGCAAUGUUGGGACUAUCGGUGUCAAUGAUUAUGAAGUAUUUUGACAACGUUGCGAAAUGCUUUGCCAGUUCGUUGGUUGUCUACCUCACUGCCGCAUUCGAGUACUUCUAUCUGAGCGCGCGUACUGUCGAUGGUCCUUUCAUGCUGGCCGUUGUGAUAUUCAGCAUUUCAAGCUUCCUCUACAUGGGCUCCCACAACGACGAACUACCCAAGGUAAUCGUCACGGACGCGCUGGCGAGGUGCGGAAUCAUCUUACCAAAGACGAGAGUUGCACCGGUGAAGUAGUCGGAGACAUUCGUUUCCUUGAAAACAUGUUUUUCAUAUGUUACCCCUUGCGUCCGUCACCC